CUCGGUGAGCCGCCCUCCCGCUCCGGCCGGCAGGCUGGGCGCGCAGGGGCGCGGGCCCCCGCCGCGCGCGCAGCGGCACCAUGGGCACGGUGCUGUCCCUGUCCCCCAGCUACCGCAAGGCCACGCUGUUUGAGGAUGGCGCGGCCACGGUGGGCCACUACACGGCCGUGCAGAACAGCAAGAACGCCAAGGACAAGAACCUGAAGCGGCACUCCAUCAUCUCCGUGCUGCCCUGGAAGCGGAUCGUGGCCGUGUCGGCCAAGAAGAAGAAUUCCAAGAAGGUGCAGCCCAACAGCAGCUAUCAGAACAACAUCACGCACCUCAACAAUGAGAACCUGAAGAAGUCGCUGUCGUGCGCCAACCUGUCCACGUUCGCCCAGCCCCCACCGGCCCAGCCGCCCGCGCCCCCUGCCAGCCAGCUGUCGGGCUCCCAGACCGGGGUCUCCUCCUCCGUCAAGAAGGUCCCGCACCCCGCCGUCACCUCCGCGGGGACGCCCAAGCGGGUCAUCGUCCAGGCGUCCACCAGUGAGCUGCUGCGCUGCCUGGGCGAGUUUCUCUGCCGCCGGUGCUACCGCCUGAAGCACCUGUCCCCCACGGACCCUGUGCUCUGGCUGCGCAGCGUGGACCGCUCUCUGCUGCUGCAGGGCUGGCAGGACCAGGGCUUCAUCACGCCGGCCAACGUGGUCUUCCUCUACAUGCUCUGCAGGGAUGUCAUCUCCUCCGAGGUGGGCUCGGACCACGAGCUCCAGGCGGUCCUGCUCACCUGCCUGUACCUCUCCUACUCCUACAUGGGCAACGAGAUCUCCUACCCGCUCAAGCCCUUCCUGGUGGAGAGCUGCAAGGAGGCCUUUUGGGACCGCUGCCUCUCCGUCAUCAACCUCAUGAGCUCCAAGAUGCUGCAGAUCAACGCCGACCCACACUACUUCACACAGGUGUUCUCCGACCUGAAGAACGAGAGUGGCCAGGAGGACAAGAAACGGCUCCUCCUAGGGCUGGAUCGGUGAGCCCUGUAGCCUGCGCCGCGGCUCAAGGAUUCCAUUCAUUUUUUUAAAAAUUUAUUAUUAAACCAAUCAGAUUUUGUGUACAGUAUGUGUCUAGCAGAGCCGCCAAGGGCCUCUCCCUUCCCACCUUCUCUUCUGGGGAUUUUCUUUAGCCCUGCCAAGAAUUCUGGGCACUUUUGAACUCCCACCUGAACCUUGCGCAAAACCCAGAAGAUGUGUGCAGAGCCCUCCUGGCCAGCGGCCUCUCACUCUGGGGAGUUCAAGGACCGACCUGCCCCUGCCACCUGUGCCCUUGCUGGACCCAGGGCGGGCAAGGCUGCCGGCGCUGUCUGUUUGGGGGCUGGAGAGGGGCCUCUGGUCUGUUGACCCGGGGAAGAAUCGGUGUUUCUGGUUGGAGACCCUUUCCUGGCUCUCGUUUUGGGGUCGCCCGCUGUCCCAGAGGGCCCUGGAGCCGGCCACCCUGACCGAGCUGCUCGUGGGGUUGUCAGACAAGAUGGCCGCUGCCCUCGGACAACCUCUUCAGCGGAGGAGAAGCUGGGCUGGUGCGAAGACUGUCCUGUCCUUUGACCAUGCGCGACCCUGUUGAGUUUCUUCUGAAGACGAAGCCUUGCCCAAGCCUUGCCCCUCGCCCCGCGAGGCCCAGGGAGACAGCUGGAUCUUUGAAGACAAUUACAAGACAGGAGUGGAACUCCUGCUUGCUCUGGAAGCCUGAUGCUACAACUGAUCAUUUGCAGCUGCUGGUUUGGGUUUCCACCUCACCCUUGUGACUGAUGUAUACUUAAUCCAUUUUCUUUCUGCUUCUACCAGAUUGGUGGCUUGGGCCUUGGGAGAAGACCAGGAGAAGGGAAUGAGUCUUACUCUCUGGCCCAUAGCUUCGGUUUUGGGGAACAAAGACCAAUGUGAAGAAGCUCCAGAGAAUUCUCUCUUCCAGUCCCAGUCCCCGGUGCUUGCUGGUGUGGGAGCCUGGGCGGGCGGCCGAGGGUCCUUUUACACGGGAUUAGGGUCUAGGAGGCCACCAAUUUCAGCACAAGCACUACUGAAACUCACAUAAAAAAGAAAGCUGUGAAAUGGAGGUUCCGGCUUGAGAGGCCCAGCUGUUCCCAGAUAAGGGGAAGAGGCCCUGCCGUUUGCUGGAGAGCAUUGGCCCCAGCUGGGCCUGGGGCGAGGCGCGGGAGCCGGGGCCGGGCCUGGCCGAUAGUCUCCCGAGGACCUGGAAGGAAGCGACGGCCGCUGGCACAGACCUUACUCGGCGCCUCUUCUCGGCUGCGGUUAUCACAAAGCUUGUCACCUCAGCCGCCACAUGUGACUUGAGGUAGGAGGCCGUGGGGGCAGCAGACCCCUCGGUGUGGAAGAGGGAGGUGCGGGUGCCGUCUCAGAGGAGGGCGCGUGUCUGUGGUCACACGUUGGGCUGGCUGAACUCGGCCUGAAACCGUGCGGUUAAGUUGCAUCCACAGGAUUCCACUUUUGUGUGUUUCCUUCUCUAUCCAUAUUUAUUUUUUUAUUUGUUGGAGGAGGUGCAGAUUUCAGGAGUGGUCAGGAACUAAGGACGCAACUCUUUAGUCCCCUCAGUGUGAAGCCUGUGGCAUCUCCGCCCUCCCCUCGCACUGGCCAUCAGUAUUGUGUAAAGGAACAACUGAUAUCCAUGAGUGUGCAAGCAAUGAACCCAUUUGACAUGCUGCUAUGAAGACUACUUCUAGAACAAUUAAAAAAAAAAAACUAACCUACAAAAAAAACCCCUUUAUUCUUUAAUUGUUGCUUUUACAGUGAUAUUGUGCAUGCAAACCAGGAGCAUUUUGUGUCUUAAGAAAAAUAAUCUUAGAACAGAUGGCUGUGAAAAUUACACCCGUGCACAGAACAUGUCACAGGAAUAUAGUUCAGGAUUUGGUUUUUCUCUUUUUCUUGUAAACCUGAAGGGUUGAUAUAUUCUUUCCAUGCAGUUACUAGAACUUAGUUUUGUUCCAACAGUUGUUAAACUUGCAAUGAAAAGAAAAUGUGCCAUUUUUUUCACUCAGAAUUAUUCAUAGCUGUAUAUUUGAAACUGCUAAUUACACAUGUGCGGUGUAUGUUGGUUUUUUAGUGCAAUUUCUUCUGUAGCUAUUCUUUGACCAAAUUGUGGGUAUUGUUAAUAUUAAUUUAUAUCUGUCUCAUUUUGUAUGUAUGUGUAGUGCGUUUGUAGGUAUGUGUGGUUUAUAAUCUGACAAGGUCAUGAAGCUCAGUUUGGCUGUAAUUUAAUUCCCUUUCCCUAUUUUUAUUUAUUUUUGUACUGUGCUGAUUAAAUAAAAUGCACUGACCAUCCAUUACAUGGACCUCUUUUUGUGGGCACGUCAUUCAGGAACAAGCCGGGAGCCCCUUUUAUAAAUGAUUCCUGCACUCAGAGCAUAAUUGGAUCC